UUUUUUAAUCAAAUGAUUGUGAGUUUAAAUUUUACCAUGACUUUCACCUCACUCUAGCUUUCCUUUUCUAAAUAGAACUAAAGGAAGAGGUGUCCUUUAAACAGCUUUCACCAGAAGAAUAAUAACUCCUAUUCUGGUUUGUAACAAACAAGAGAUCAUGGAUUGUUAAAAACAGUUAGAUUCUUGAAAGAGAGACACUUGUUAGUGGGGUUGGUGGUGCAGAACUUUCAGAGUGAAAUCUAAGACUGAAUUGCCAGGUCUCUUUUUUCUAAUAAGGAGAUGGGUGUGGUUACAGUAGGUGAAUUGAAGCCAAGUAUAUCAGGGAAGAGAGCAUUUCGUCCAAGCUCAAGUAUAAGGCAUGCUACUGAAUGGCCAAUUUCUGAUGUUUCUAGUGAUCUUACAAUCGAAGUAGGAGCAUCGAACUUUGCACUUCACAAGUUUCCUCUAGUUUCUCGAAGUGGAAGAAUUCGUAAACUGUUGCUGGAAGCGAAAGAUUCAAAGAUCUCACGCAUAAAUAUCCCUGCUGUACCGGGUGGACCAGAGGGUUUCGAGCUUGCUGCAAAGUUCUGCUAUGGAAUAAAUUUCGAGAUUACACAAUCAAAUGUUGCUAUGUUAUGUUGCACAGCCCGUUUUCUGGAAAUGACAGAAGAUUUUGCAGAGAAGAACUUGGAAGCCCGGGCUGAAUCGUAUCUAAAGGAGAUGGUGCUUCCAAACAUAUCAAUUUCAAUUUCUGUUCUUCACCGAUGUGAAACUUUAUUGCCCAUCUCGGAAGAGAUCAAUCUGGUCAACAGGCUUAUCAAUGCGAUUGCAAACAAUGCAUGCAAAGAGCAACUGACCUCUGGCUUGUUAAAGCUUGACCACAACUACCCCGCAAAAACUAUGCCACUUAUGGAACCAGAAACACCAUCAGACUGGUGGGGAAAAUCACUCGCAAUGCUGAAUCUUGAUUUCUUCCAAAGAGUAUUAACCGCAGUUAAAUCAAAGGGUCUAAAACAGGAUAUGAUUAGCAAAAUUUUGAUAAAUUAUGCCCAUAAUUCUCUUCAAGGACUUGUUGUCAGGGACCCUCAUUUGGUUAAAGGAAGUCUCUUGGACUUGGAGUCGCAGAAGAAACAAAGAGUCAUCGUCGAGGCAAUAGUUAGUUUACUACCAACCCAAUCAAGAAAGUGUCCAGUUCCAAUGGUUUUUCUUUCAAGCUUAUUAAAAACUGCUAUAGCGUCAUCAGCAACUACUUCUUGCAGAUCUGAUUUGGAGAGGAGGAUUGGUCUUCAACUUGAUCAGGCAAUUCUUGAGGACAUCCUAAUACCAGCAAAUUCACAUGGAAACAACCACUGCGCCAUGUAUGAUACUGAUUCGGUCUUGAGGAUCUUCUCUAUCUUUCUAAACCUGGAUGAGGAUGAUGAUGAAGAUAACAACUUGCGGGAUGAGAGUGAGAUGGUUUAUGAUUUUGACAGUCCCGGUUCUCCUAAACAGAGCUCAAUUCUAAAGGUAUCAAAAUUACUGGACAAUUUUCUCGCAGAAGUUGCGCUAGACCCAAACUUACUGCCAUCAAAGUUUAUAGCACUGGCAGAACUACUUCCAGACCAUGCUCGUACAGUUAGCGAUGGACUGUACAGAGCUGUGGAUAUCUUCCUCAAAGUUCACCCAAACAUUAAAGAUUCAGAACGCUCCCGACUCUGCAAGACCAUCGAUUGCCAGAAAUUAUCUCAAGAAGCCUGCAGCCAUGCUGCACAAGAUGAAAGGUUGCCAGUACAGAUGGCAGUCCAAGUGCUAUACUUUGAACAGAUCAGGCUCCGAAAUGCAAUGAAUGGGGGACACAACCAGUUCUUCUUCGGUGCAUUAAACGGUCAAUUCCCUCAACGUUCAGGCAGUGGCGCAGGAAGUGGGGCCAUUUCUCCAAGAGAUAAUUAUGCAUCGGUUAGAAGAGAGAAUCGAGAGCUGAAGCUUGAAGUAGCAAGAAUGAGAAUGAGGAUGACCGACCUUGAAAAGGAUCAUGUGUCCAUGAAACAGGAGCUGGUAAGGUCUCAUCCUGCAAAUAAGUUCUUCAAAUCAUUCACCAAAAAAUUAAGCAAGCUUAACGCCAUGUUCCGAAUCAACGGACUCAAACCCAUAGGGGGGAAGGCUAAUUCAGAAACAAGGCUCUUAUUUCAGAAGAGAAGACGUCACUCGGUUUCAUGACUGUAGAUGCGUGCGAACAACUUCAAGUUAAAAAAAAAUAAAAUUGUACCGUAAAUAUAGUGUGAUUUCGUCUAAUAUCAUCUUGGUGGUUUUGGAGUGUUGAUGCUGAGUAGCCAUGUUUAGUGAGAUCGUCGGCUGCUUUUAACUUUUUGUUUGAUGGACACUCGAAGGCAGCAGCCGGAAGAUUUGUAUUCCAAGGUGAUGCCUGGAAAAUAUGUAAUGUAAUGCGUUUCAAGCAACUCUUUACUUCA